AUGCAGAGUGCCCUGCAGGCCCAACAGAACAGAGAGCUCCAGGAGCUCUACAGGCAGCUGCGCUCCCUCAAAGACCAGCACCCUCCCCUGCCCCUCCCCCUGCCUCGCACCCCACCCAUCUUGCCCCCAGCAGGCCCUGCCCUCUCCCCCCGGAGGCCCAGACCAGGCAAAAGCAAGUCUCGGACUCGACCUCACUCACACCUGGACAACAACGGAGUCGCACACCCAGGGAUCCAGCAGUCCAGCAGCUUCUCGGGUGGAGAGGAGAGCAGACUGCCUCAUUACUGCCCCCUGGGGACCCCUGCGGCACUGGCGACUGAGAGCGGCCCCAGUCCCCUGUCCCAAGGUUCAGCCAAUAGGAAGAGCACAUUUACAGACGAGCUGCACAAACUGGUGGACGAUUGGACAAAAGAGACUGUGGGUCCUACCCCCCCGAAGCCCUCACUCAACCAGAUUAAGCAAAUUCAGCAGGUGCAGGAGCUGGGAGGGUGGGGCCAGGCUGCAGAGAACACUCCUGCUUGGUUCUCACCUGUCCCCCUGAAUCUCCCAGCAGCCCCUGCUUCCGCAGCCCUCUCUGCCGUCUCCCCCCCUCAGUUCAUGAGCGGGGGGGGGACGGCGCAGUGGGGUGCGGUGGGGGCCGCGGACGCUCAGCACCAGCAGCCGCUGCCGCAGCAGCAAAAGAGCCACACACCCCCGGCCCCCCCGCCGACGCAGAGCGCGCACCUGCCCCAGACGCAGCAGCACGCGCAGCGCUUCCACCUGCAGCCGCUGCAGCAGGGCCAGAUACAGCCCCAGCAGCUGCACCCGCACCCCCAGGGCCAGCCCCACGCACCCCCGGCCCCGGCCCCGACCUCCGCCUCAGCCCCUGCCCCUGCCCCUGACGGCAGCGCGGGGACGGGGGCGUUCUGCUCCUGCUCCUGCUCCUGCUCUUCCUCUUCCUGCUCGUCCUCAUCCUCCUGCUCCUCGUCUGUUCUGCCCCCCAGUGCCAAACUACACUCGGCGCCCCCGCCCUCCACCCUCCCCCUGGGACAGCAGUAAGAGGGGAGGAACACACGGGGUGGGGGGGGAGUGAGACGAGGGUGUGUGUAAGAUGUGUGGCUGGGGGGAAGAGAGAGGGGAGGGGGAGAGCGAGGAGAGACGGGAGAGAGAUGAACAGCGCAUGUGCAGCACGUGCUGGGUGUGUGCGCGCGUGUGUGCGUGCGUGCGUGUGUGCGCGCGCGUGAGCGUGCGUGUUUAUUAGAUAUUCUCUGUGUGCUUUGGAAUUAAGUGUCAAGGUUUUUUUGUUUGUUUUUUUUUCCAAAACAUACAACUUACUUGGGCCUGAACUCUUUUUAACUAGAGAUAUGAAGGAACAGACAUUUCUACUAGUACUAUUAUUUUUAAAAAAUAUAUGUCUAUGAUUAUAUUGACUAAGGACUACAUAAAUAAAAAGUGCAAUUAGUAACUGUUCUUUAACAUCCUGUGCUGUCUUGAUUUAAGUCUGUACAUUCUAAUGUGGAUGAAACAAAAUUCUGUUGAUAGACAUAAGGAGACAGCAACCAGACAUCGGUAAUGAAUAUAGCACACAAGUCUCCAUAGCAACAACAGGACAUAAAGCAUUUACAACAGCACAUCACAGCACAGGCCACAUUGCCUGGCAACCAUCACUAGAUGCAGAAUCACAAAGAUUACUGUCAUACUUAAAGCACAGUGCUUGGACAUAGCAUGUUUAUCAUGGUGUUAUUUUUUACAUUGACACAUAGACUGGUAAUUUUUACACCGUUUGCUUUCUAACAUGUCAGUUGAAAUUGUGUUGUAACCACAAAGUUUUCCUUUAUUUGAAGCAAAUAGAACCCACAUUAAAUGUAACACACUUAUCUGUAGUGUUUUCCUCUGCUCAUUUGGCAGGAUAGAUUUGAUUUGUUGACGUUUACUGAACAAACGCUCAUCCAAGUACCAGAAUAUAUUGUGGCCCAGGGGUCUGUUUCUUUCAUUUGGAACACUCUCCUCCAGGUGGGUUCCAGGCAUUAGCACCUAUCACCUGAGAGAUCAGUGCUUGAGUUCCACGCGUCAGCGUCUGCACCUAGCCAGUUCUGAGCAUGUUUGAGACGCCAGUCAUGUGGUCAAAUCUGGAAUAAUUUGAAUUCAAUUGCACACUUAUCCAUAUGAAGGAAAUAUAACUUGAUCACAUCCAUAUGCACGUUGAUGCACAUGUAAAAGCUCUUUGUCCAUACCUCCAUUCAUUUCCAUCAUUCCGGCAAAUCAAACGAUGUGUAGUAAAUAUGUAAAUAGAAUGGGGGGGAAAUGAUUUGGCACAUUUCUUUUUAAAAAAUGAGUGUUGUCUCAGCUAAAGAAAAAGAAAAAAGCAACUUUUCUUGAGUGUCCCUAUAUUGCCUUUUUCAGUUAAUACAUUUGUGGCAUAUUCUUACUGUGACAAAAAUUGUAGUACUACAACAUUACAUUACACAAAACUACAUUACACAUGAUCGCUUGUUCUUUGACAGGAACCAGGCUCACCUUAACAGUGUUGUAGUAUUCUGCACUGUAACAUUAUUGUUUACUGUCCUGCUGUGUGACUAGCUGCCUAUUCAAACUAAUAUGAGAGAUUUAUUGUGGGAGCUACAAUGUGUAUGAAAGACAGAGUGAGCGAAAUAGGGUGUGAGUGAAACACAGAGAUGUGGGUUUUUUUUUUUUAGAAAAUGGGAGUAAUGCAGAGAAGACGUAUUAAAGAUAUUCGAUUUGUUUUAACACUUGAACUUAGCAGUGAUUGCAAAGUAAACCUUUAGAAAAGGCACAUCAGCAAUUGAACUCUUAAUAAUAUCCUUGAAGUGUCUCCUUCAGGCCUCUUUUCACACAAUGGUGUUAGGUCACCAGCUGACUCCUCAGCCAUAUGUCACAGGUUUGGAGGGAUUUUAGAGCAGAAAUUCGCAGCCCAACCUAUUCUGAAGUGUUACCAAAAUGUAAUCUAAAAUAUAUAUAUAAAUAUUAUUUUUGUAUUUAGAAAUGGGAUUGUAAAAAAUGUAUAAAAGAAAAAAAAGUGCACUGAUCAGUAUUAACAAGCUGUGGUGAUCUGAGAUGCUGGUCUGAACCAUCAGUUUUGCCCUCUUGGAGUUCCCCCGCUUCACCCCAGGGGUUAUUUCCCAUUUUUGCCCCCCCUCUGAACCCUUCAACUCUACCUUUGGCCUUGUUUAUAUUUUAGACCAUUGACAGAGAUGUCACAUGUUUCAAGUUGCUUAGGUUAACUUGGAAUAUUGAGCAGUUUAAGCACUCAAAAAAUCUACACUAUAAAACUCUUGAUCUAGGUGUUCCUGGGGCAGAAAAUAAAGCCAAGGGGACUCCAAAAUUUAAAACUGAGAGAAAACGUAGAAACUUACUGCUGAUGAUUAUGCCACUGUAAAUUUUUAAUUCAAUUGUUGAUUUUAUUUAUGUUUUGUAACUAACCAAAAUAAAUGAUGGUGUAAAACAUCAAACUCAACAAAAAAUAAAAAUGUGAAAUUUAA